GUUAAGAGAGAGAGUAUUGGAAGGGGAGAGAGAGAGAGAUGAGAGAGAGAGAUUUAUAUUUUGUCGGCUGGUCUGAAGUAUCCACCAUUAUUUAAGGAUCGCGGCAUCGAUGGAGCGGCGAUUUCCGGUGCUUGCCGCUAAGCCGAUGAAGACCGUCGAACCAAAUCCCGGCCGAGUUAGGCGGUUUUCUGGCGAGGGCAGGUGAUUUUCCGGUCAAGUCAGGAGGUUAUCCGGCCAAGUCGCUUGUUACAGUGACGAGCCGCUAUAUUUGUCGACAGUGUGUGCGUAUAAAGCUCGAAUUCUUUGUGUCAAUGGUUUCUUAUAGAUAAAUUUGGAACCUAAAAUUUUAAGCGAUUGAUGUGGUUAUCUCUUCCAGUACUCUUCUUUGAGUUUUUUGAAUCUGCAGAUUUAUUCUCAAUGGAUUAAAAGUUAGAGGUCCUGUCAUUGAACAUUCAAGAAAGCAACAAUAGCUUUGCAGACUUUGUGCUUAAUACAUGUUUUGGAGUUGAACGAGGGAUAGGAGGAGCAGUGAGUUUAUGAUAUCAAGUAAAUAAUGUCCUGAUUUCGAAGUGGAGUUAGGCUUGGAGUCGUUGGUUGGUCUUCCAUUGAGGAAGCUCAUCCCCAAUAAAAAGCAGAAAAUUUGUUGAGAGGUCCAGUGGUCAAAUUGCUUAAAAUUCAACAAAGAUGGCAACAACACUAGCUUGGCGAUUUGGGAAUGGGAAUGGCAAUGCCCAUGGGUCAAAUGAUCUGGAAAAGCGCGUUGAAUCAAAACUCCCGGACUCGGAGCCUCCAACUCCACGUUCUUCAGUGAAGAUCAGCUCAAGGGAUCGCCAAAGUAGUAUGGAGGACCCAGAUGGGACACUAGCCAGCGUGGCCCAAUGCAUUGAGCAGUUGCGUCGGGGUGCUUCAAAUGCUCAGGAAAAGGAAAAUGCUUUGAGACAAUUGUUGGACCUUAUCGAUACCCGAGACAAUGCUUUUAGUGCGGUUGGGUCUCACUCCCAAGCAGUUCCAAUACUUGUUUCCAUUCUCAGAUCAGGAUCACUUGGGGUAAAGAUACUUGCUGCUACUGUUUUAGGCUCUCUUUGCAAGGAAGAUGAGCUAAGGGUAAAAGUAUUACUCGGAGGAUGUAUCCCACCAUUACUAGGUCUUCUGAAGUCCUCAUCAAAGGAAGGUCAAGUUGCAGCUGCUAAAGCUAUCUAUGCAGUCUCUCAAGGUGGUGCAAAGGACCAUGUUGGGUCAAAGAUCUUCUCAACUGAAGGUGUAGUGCCUGUUCUUUGGGAGCAAUUACAACCAGGUCUUCACAUUGAAAACUCUGUUGAUAGUCUCUUAACUGGAGCAUUGAAGAACUUGUCUACUUGCACUGAAGGAUUUUGGCCAGCAACUGUACAAGCAGGGGCAGUUGAUAUAUUAGUGAAGCUGCUUGUUAAUGGACAGUCAACCACUCAAGCAAAUGUGUGUUUUCUUCUAGCAACUAUGAUGAUGGAAUUGGCAUCUGUUUGCCCUAGGGUUUUGGAAGCAGAUGCAACUAAACAACUUCUUAAACUAAUUUCCCCUGGUAAUGAAGUGUCUGUUCGAGCAGAAGCUGCUGGUGCUUUAAAGGCUCUUUCUGCACAGUGUAAAGAAGCAAGGCGGGAGAUUGCUAAUUGUAAUGGUAUCCCUGCUUUGAUAAAUGCAACAAUAGCUCCGUCAAAGGAGUUUAUGCAAGGGGAAUAUGCACAAGCCUUGCAAGAGAAUGCAAUGUGUGCUCUGGCCAAUAUAUCAGGUGGUUUGUCCUACGUAAUCUCCAGCCUUGGAGAAAGUCUUCAAUCAUGCACUUCACCUGCCCAAGUUGCUGAUACAUUGGGGGCAUUAGCCUCUGCCCUAAUGAUCUAUGAUUACCAAGCUGAUUUUACUAGAGCCUCGGAUCCAUUGCUUAUAGAACAGGUGUUGGUUAAGCAGUUCAAGCCCAAAUUGCCAUUUCUCUUGCAAGAACGCACAAUAGAAGCACUUGCUAGCUUGUAUGGAAAUACCAUUCUAUCAAAAUUUCUUAAGCAUUCAGAUGCCAAACGCUUGCUUGUUGGUCUUGUAACCAUGGCAACAAAUGAGGUCCAAGAUGAGCUGGUUAGAUCCUUAUUGAUUCUUUGCAGCAAUGAAGGCAGUCUAUGGCAUGCACUCCAAGGUCGCGAGGGUAUUCAGCUGUUGAUUUCUCUUCUUGGGCUUUCUUCAGAGCAACAGCAAGAGUGUGCUGUGGCUUUGCUUUGCCUUUUAUCCAAUGAAAAUGAUGAAAGUAAAUGGGCCAUUACAGCGGCUGGAGGAAUACCUCCUUUAGUUCAGAUCCUAGAAACAGGAUCGGCAAAAGCAAAGGAAGAUUCAGCUACAAUCCUUGGAAAUCUCUGCAAUCACAGUGAAGAUAUCCGAGCUUGUGUUGAAAGUGCUGAUGCUGUACCUGCUCUGUUAUGGCUGUUAAAAAAUGGAAGCCCAAAUGGAAAAGAAAUUGCAGCAAAAACCCUAAACCAUUUAAUCCAUAAAUCAGAUACUGGGACCAUAAGCCAACUCACCGCAUUACUCACCAGUGACCUACCUGAAUCAAAAGUUUAUGUUUUGGAUGCUCUGAAAAGCCUUCUUUCUGUUGCUCCCAUCACUGAUAUAUUGCAUGAAGGUAGUGCUGCCAAUGAUGCAAUUGAAACAAUGAUAAAGAUAUUGAGCUCUACAAGGGAAGAAACUCAGGCAAAAUCAGCAUCAGUACUUGCCGAACUCUUCAAUCUUAGGAAGGAUCUUAGGGAAAGUAAUGUUGCUGUUAAGGCCCUUUGGUCAACUAUGAAGCUCUUGGGCAUUGAAUCAGAACAAAUAACGACGGCAUCUUCUAGAUGCCUGGCUGCAAUUUUUCGGUCCAUAAGAGAAAACAAGGAAGUAGCAGCUGUUGCUAAAGAUGCUCUGGCCACUUUGGUUGUUCUUGCUAAGUCUGAAGUUUUGGAGGUGGCAGAGCAAGCAAUUCGAGCUCUGGCUAACCUUUUCUUGGAUAAUGAGAUCUCUGAUAAUGUGGUUGCUGAAGAGAUAGUUCUACCCAUCACAAGAGUUCUACAUGAUGGCACAAUGGAUGGGAAAACCCAUGCUGCUGCUGCUAUUGCUCGUCUCCUGCACUGUGGGAUUGUUGAUGACACACACUCUGAUAUUGUGCACCGUGCUGGAACAGUGCUUGCACUUGUGAACCUUUUAUCAUCAUCUAAGAUUAAUGAUGCUGCCUCAUCUGAAGUGCUUGAGGCCCUUGUUUUGUUAUCUAGGAGCAAAGGAUCCACUGGAUAUAGCAAACCUGCAUGGGCGGUUUUGGGUGAAAACCCUCACACUAUGAUUCCCUUGGUUUGCUCUGUCUCUAAUGGAACUCCUACUUUACAAGACAAAGCGAUAGAAAUCUUGUCAAGACUUUGCAAAGACCAACCGGUUGUUUUGGGGGAUUUGAUAGCGAGCACUGAAGGUUGUAUUGCUGCGAUUACAAGAAGAGUGGUUGACUCAAAAAGCGCAGAAGUGAAAGUUGGGGGAACUGCUCUCCUUAUUUGUGCCGCCAAAGAGCACCACCAAAAAGCAGUGGAUGCCCUCAAUGAAUCAAACUUAUGCUUUUAUCUGAUUAAGUCACUUGUCGAAAUGCUGGAUGCAGAGCAUUCACAUACUUAUUGGAAUGCUGGGGAUCAUGAAAGUAAAUCAAAAGACAUUUGUAUUUACAGGGGUGCAAGGGCGCCACAAAAUGGAAACAUCCAAUCUGAGAUGGAUACUAGUGUAAUUUUUGGGGGCACUGUGGCCAUAUGGUUGCUUGCUAUACUCGCUUGCCAUGACAACAAAAGUAAAGUUGCCAUUAUGGAGACUGGAGCAGUUGAAGUUCUUACUGAUAAGAUCUCAAAGUAUUUGUCCCAAGUUAUUCAGACUGAUUCUAAAGAAGAUGAGAGUUCAUGGGUAUGUGCUCUACUUCUUGCCAUUCUUUUCCAAGAUAGAGAUAUCAUACGAGCACAUGCAACCAUGCGAGCCAUCCCUGUUCUUGCAAGUCUCUUGAGGUCCGAGGAGUCAGCUAACCGUUACUUCGCUGCUCAAGCAUUUUGCAGUUUGGUCUGCAAUGGUAGCAGAGGGACUCUUCUCGCUGUUGCCAAUUCUGGGGCUGCAGGUGGGCUCAUUCCCUUACUUGGAUGUGCUGACGCUGAUAUCUCUAACCUUCUAUUCCUAUCAGAGGAGUUCUUACUGGUGCGGAAUCCUGAGCAAGUUGCCCUCGAAAGAUUGUUCAGAGUUGAUGAUAUCAGAAUGGGUGCAACUUCUCGGAAAGCCAUACCUGCCCUUGUUGAUUUGCUGAAACCAAUUCCAGAUAGGCCUGGUGCGCCUUUCUUAGCACUUGGCCUUCUAACCCAGCUUUCAAAAGACUGCCCAUCAAACAAGCUCGUAAUGGUUGAAGCUGGGGCUUUAGAGGCCUUGACAAAAUAUCUUUCAUUGGGUCCACAAGACGCAACUGAGGAAGCGGCAACUGAUUUAUUAGGGAUUCUAUUCAGCAGUGCAGAAAUAAGGAAGCAUGAAUCUUCACUUGGAGCUGUAAAUCAACUCAUUGCUGUCCUUCGUCUAGGUGCAAGGACCUCAAGGUACAGUGCGGCCAAAGCUUUGGAGAGCCUCUUUUCCUCUGAUCAUAUUAGGAUAAGUGAAACAGCUAGACAAGCGGUUCAACCACUGGUUGAGAUUCUUAACACUGGAUCAGAAAGGGAGCAACAUGCUGCCAUAGCUGCACUCGUAAGAUUGUUACAUGAGAGCCCUUCAAGGGCUCUCGCCGUUGCUGAUGUCGAGAUGAAUGCAGUGGAUGUUCUUUGUCGCAUUCUUUCUUCCAACUGUUCAAUGGAGCUCAAGGGAGAUGCUGCUGAAUUGUGCUGUGUUCUCUUUGGAAAUACGAGAAUCAGGUCUACCCUUGCGGCUGCUCGUUGUGUCGAACCUUUGGUCUCUCUCCUUGUUGAAGAGUUUAGCCCUGCUCAGCUUGCUGUUGUUCGAGCCCUUGAUAGGCUAUUGGAUGACGAACAAUUAGCCGAGCUUGUUGCUGCACAUGGGGCUGUUAUUCCCCUUGUUGGUCUUCUUUUUGGCAAGAACUACACUCUGCAUGAAUCUGUAUCGAGAGCUUUGGUGAAGUUGGGAAAAGACAGGCCGGCUUGUAAACUAGAGAUGGUUAAAGCAGGAGUAAUUGAGAACAUACUUGAUAUUCUCCAUGAAGCACCUGAUUUUCUCUGUGCUAUGAUAGCUGAAUUGCUUCGAAUAUUAACAAACAAUACAACCAUUGCAAGGGGACCUUCUGCAGGUAAAGUGGUGGAGCCCCUCUUCCUUUUGUUGACGAGGCCAGAUAUUAGCCCUGAAGGCCAACACAGUAUUUUGCAGGUUCUUGUGAAUAUAUUGGAGCAUCCUAACUGCCGAGCUGAUUAUAGGCUGACACCUCACCAAGCCAUAGAACCACUAAUCAUUUUGUUAGAGUCUCCUUCUCAAGCAGUACAACAAUUAGCAGCUGAGCUUCUCUCUCAUCUUCUCUUGGAAGAGCAUCUACAGAAGGAUCCUAUAACACAGCUAGCAAUUGCGCCUUUGAUUCAGGUUCUUGGAACUGGCUCACAUGCUUUGCAGCAGAGGGCUAUAAAGGCUCUUGUUUGCAUUGCUCUAACAUGGCCGAAUGAGGUUGCAAAAGAAGGUGGAGUCAGUGAGCUAUCCAAAGUGAUUUUGCAGGCUGACCCCCCAUUACCUCAUGCUUUGUGGGAAUCUGCUGCUUCUGUUUUGGCUAGCAUUUUGCAAUUUAGCUCUCAAAAUGAUUUGGAGGUGCCUGUUGCUGUGUUGGUAAGGAUGCUUCGCUCUGGAACUGAGACUACCAUUAUUGGUGCAUUGAAUUCCCUGCUUGUGUUGGAGAGCGACGAUGCUACAAGUGCUGAGGCCAUGGCUGAAAGUGGUGCCACAGAGACCCUUUUAGAACUUCUUAGGUGUCAUCAAUGCGAGGAAACAGCAGCAAGACUUCUUGAAGCUCUGUUAAACAAUAUGAAGAUAAGAGAAAUGAAAUCUACAAAAGCUGCGAUUGCUCCAUUGUCCCAAUAUUUACUUGAUCCACAAACCCAAAAUCAGCAGGCAAGACUUUUAGCAUCUCUUGCUCUUGGUGAUAUCUUCCAAAAUGAGGGUCUUGCUCGAACAAAUGAUGCUGUAUCUGCAUGCCGAGCGCUUGUGAAUAUUCUUGAAGAUCAACCCACAGAAGAGAUGAAAGUGGUGGCUAUCUGUGCCUUACAAAACCUUGUUAUGUACAGUCGUUCUAAUAAGAGAGCUGUUGCAGAAGCUGGUGGAAUACAAGUUGUGCUUGACCUUAUUGGUACCUGUGAUCCGGAUACAGCAGUUCAGGCUGCAACUUUUAUAAAACUUCUGUUCUCUACUAAUACAAUCCAAGAGUAUGCAUCCAGCGAAACAGUGAGGGCUAUAACUGCUGCUAUCGAGAAAGAGUUAUGGGCCACUGGUACUGUGAGUGAGGAGUACUUAAAGGCUCUAAAUGCACUUCUUGGCAACUUUCCAAGGCUCAGAGCCACAGAGCCUGCAACUCUAUGCAUACCCCAUUUAGUCACUGCUCUCAAAACUGGUACUGAGGUGACUCAAGAAGCCGCCCUAGACUCCCUUCACCUACUGAGGCAAGCAUGGUCUGCUUGCCCUGCUGAAGUUAGCAAGGCUCAAGCAGUGGCUGCAGCUGAAGCCAUUCCAUUGCUUCAAUAUUUGAUCCAGUCUGGUCCACCUCGGUUUCAAGAGAAGGCUGAGCUUCUGUUGCAGUGUUUGCCUGGUACUUUAUUGGUUAUCAUAAAGCGUGGAAAUAAUUUAAAGCAAUCUGUGGGGAACCCUAGCGUCUAUUGCAAGAUCACUCUUGGAAACACACCACCCAGGCAAACUAAGGUUGUCUCAACUGGUCCUACUCCUGAAUGGGAUGAAGGCUUUGCCUGGGCAUUUGACAGUCCCCCAAAAGGCCAAAAGCUCCACAUCUCUUGCAAGAAUAAGAGCAAAUUUGGGAAGAGCUCGUUCGGAAAGGUAACAAUUCAAAUUGAUCGGGUGGUCAUGCUGGGAUCAGUUGCAGGAGAAUACACCUUGCUACCAGAGAGCAAAACUGGUGUUUCUCGAAAUUUGGAGAUUGAGUUUCAAUGGUCAAAUAAAUAAAUACCAUGAAUCUUGGUAUGCGAUUUUGUCAUAUAUCAUAAAAGGAAUAUCAUGUAAUUGUCUGUAUCAUUAGUGGAGAAGAAUGUUCUUUACCUGUGUAUCUGACAUUGUAAAUCAGCACAAAAGCCAUAGCCGGUUACUCCUUGAGCUUACAGUAAAGCCAUCAGAAGAAUCCAGCCACAGGAUGGGGCCUUAAUGUUGUUAUUAUUAAUAAUCAUUCUUUAUUUGUUUUAUUUUUGUUAAGAACUUGAUGAAAACUGUAACAUUUCAUCUGCGUGUUAUGUAGAGCUUUUGAAGCAUAAAGUAUUCGGUUUGGGGAUUUUCCUGUGACUCUGUUUCUUCACAAAUCAUCUACUUGUCUCUGAAUAUGUAACCAUUUGAGAUAAAAUUUGGUGAGAGAAGCUGCUGCUGUCUUGACUCUGGAGAGAGAAUGAUCAAUUUUAAUGAGAUUUAUAUUAUCAUUGCUUAUUGGUUGUAA